AUGGUUGUAAAAUUUGGUAUAAUAAACUUUGAAAAUGAAGCAAAUUUGUCAACUGCUUUUGGAGGUGUUAUUAAUUGUAUAAAAGAUCCAGAAUUGCCUGUUAAAGUACAAGCAUGUUUGGCAUUACAAAUACUUAUUAAACACAAAUCAGUUAGAAAUGCUAUAAUUCCAAAUAUUGCAGUGAUUAUGCAAGAAAUACUUGAUAUUACAAAUCAAAUUGAUUCAGAUAUUUUGGGUAGUGUUAUGGAGGAUUUGGUUGAGGAAUAUUCAAAUGAAUUGGCCCCAUUUGCAGUUCAAUUAUGCCAACAAUUGUGCAAUACUUUUCUUCGUAUCAUGCAAGAGUAUCAAGAAUCAGAGGCUGCAGAAAUAGAUAAUAAUUGUGAUGUUGAUGAUUUUGUUGAUAGUUAUGAUAUAAGUGACAAGACAAUUAUAGCGUCAGGUGUCUUAAAAACGGUCAUAACUUUAAUUUUAAGUUUGGAAUCAUCAACUGAUUUAUUACAUCAAUUAGAAAAUGUUUUGUUGCCAAUUAUUUCAUUCACUUUGGAAAAUAAUAUAAUAGAUUUAUAUAGUGAUAUUUUUGAUAUAAUUGAUAGUUGCACAUUUUCUACAAAAACAAUUUCAAAUACGAUGUGGAAUUUAUUUAACUUGAUUUAUAAGACAUUCAAACUUGAUGGAAUUGAUUAUAUUGAAGAAAUGCUUCCAUCAUUAGAUAAUUAUGUGUUAUACGGUAGAGAUGUUUUCAUACAAAAUAAAGAUUUACAAAUGAUAUUUUAUGAUAUGAUUGAAACUAUAUUUAACACUGAUACGAUGGCUGAGAGUGAUAAGAUUUGUGGUUGUAAAUUAGCAGAAGUAUUCAUAUUAAAUUGUAAAGGUCAUAUAGAUCAGAUUGUUGAAAGCAGAGAAGAAUCUUCUGGAUACUCAUCAUCAGAAGAUAUAUUCGUGGUGACUGUACAAAGGUAA